AUAAUGGCGACGUCUAGCGUCUUGUGUCGGUUAUGAAAAGAUAAUGUUUUUCGGAGCCGAAUUCCGAUCAUACAAAAGAGAAGGUCCAAUUUUAUAAAACAUACAACUGUUAUUUAACGUGAAAGUACUCGAAAGAAGUCGCGAUAAUGGACCAAGCGCCCGCAGAUACAGAAUUACGGAACAUCAUUGACAAACUGGCACAGUUUGUUGCCCGCAAUGGACCCGAAUUCGAGCAGAUGACCAAAAAUAAGCAGAAGGACAACCCUAAGUUUGGUUUCCUGUUUGGCGGAGAGCACUUCAACUACUAUCAGUACAAAGUGACUACAGAGCAAGCCAUUUUAAAGCAAAAAGGAAUAAAUCCAAUGCAAAAUGCAGACCCACGUUUAAACGUUUCGCAGCAGCAGCAAACAGCCGCUACCGCCACGCAGCCACUGAAUAACGUCAAUCUAACGUCUGGCCUAAAUACUCAGAACAAUGGAUUAAAUCCAGUGGUUGGAAUAGGGCCUGUGGGAAAUUCGGCUGGUACGGUGAUACCAGGAGUACCUGGACAAAUUGGAGGACCAACAAAUACUGGACCACCAAUUGGAUCGGUACCAUCUGGCAUGGGAGGUGUAAACCCACCUAUGGGUGGAGUUACACCAGCUGUUAACAUCGGUGGCCCACCAGCAUGGCUUCAAACAGAACUGGCCAACCUUCAGUCACAACAAACGACUCUGCAGGAACAAGUUAGACAAUCGGAACAAAAUCUUGCUGCGCAACAUGCUGCAUUGAUGGCGCAACAACAAGGCAGAGUAGAGGAUGCUGUCAGACAAGCUCAGGAAACAGCUUUGCAAAAUAAUGCUCAAAGCACAAACACAGAUCUUACCGCAUUUGAUACAGUUCUGCAACCUAUUAUUGAUAGCUGCACAAAAGACAGCAUAAGCGCGGGAAAAGCUUGGAUCCUUCAAAAUUCUGUAACACCACAAAGCAAUCAAGUGGUCGCCGACCAUUUAUUGAAAAAAGUUAUCCAAGGAUCAACGUUUAGUCAUAAGCUUCACAUUAUAUAUUUGGUAAACGAUGUCUUACAUCAUUGUGCUAGAAAAAAAUCUAUGGAUCUUCGGAAGGCAAUGGAAAGUGUUGUUGUUCCCAUGUUCUGUAAUACUUCAUUAGCUGCAUCCGAAGAGCAACUUAAUAAGCUUAAUAAAUUGUUAAGCCUUUGGGAAUCGAAGAAUAAUUACUUUGACGAAGGGAUUAUAGAUAAAUUAAAACAACCGAGCGCAUCUUGGUCCGAAUAUCAAGCUAAUUUGGUAUCGCAACAUGCAAGUGCUAUUACUCCAAUCACAACUUCUACGAAGCAAACAUUCGAUAAUUAUCAAGCGCAACAUCAAGCGUUUGUUACACACGCUUUGAGACAAAUUCAAAAUAUCGAACAACAAAAAAUAGCGAUCGAUCAGCAACUUAAAGCACCGCCUCCGCCACCUCCGCAAAUGAAUCAACAGAACAUGUCAUUACCCCCUAAUCAUACUGGCCCAAGCGGACCGAUGGGUAGUGACGUUAACUUCAGCCAACCUCCACCUGGUUGGGGUGUACCACCAGGAAACGAACCACCGCCAUUCGCGAACGUUCCUUUACCAGAUUUUUCUAAACCUCCACCAGGAUUUGGCCCACCUCCUGUCAUUCACGAACCGUCUGUCGAGGAUCUAAUGCCCAGCAUGCCUUACUUUGAGUUGCCUGCAGGCUUGAUGGUCCCGCUCAUUAAACUGGAAGAUGGAGAAUACAAACCUUUGGAUCCCGAUGCCAUCAGACUUCCACCGCCCGCACCACCAAGCGAUCGAUUGGUUGCAGCCGUAGAAGCAUUUUACGCACCUCCAAAUCACGAUUCACCAAGAGAUAGCGAUGGUUGGGAGAAACUUGGUCUCUACGAAUAUUAUAAGGCAAAGAAUUCUGCGCGUAAACGCAAGGAGGAAGACAUUGUAGCUGGCAUCAGACAAAAGUCCAAGUCUCCGUCACCUAUUUUAAGGCCAAGAUCGAAAAGUCCUAGUCCACCAAAGAAACGUUACAGAAGCAAAUCUCGUAGUAGAUCGAGAUCUAGAUCGAGGGGUAGAAGUAGAUCGCGAUCACCAACAGCGAAUCAUAGACGUAAUAGCCGUAACAGUAAUCAUAAUACCAGAAGUCGUAGAAGAAGGAACAGUAACAAGGAUCGAAGUCCAGAGAGGAGAUUAGACAGACAAGAUCGCAGUCCAACUCCUCCGAGUUUUCUCGGAUCGACGUAUAGCAAAGCUCCGCAAGAAAUAAGCUUGGAUGAAAGUAAUAAGGGGCACCAAUUGCUAAAAAAAAUGGGCUGGGGAGGUGCUGGACUAGGUGCCAACGAACAAGGUAUUGAGGCACCUAUAUCGGGCGGUGAAAUACGAGAUAAAAACGACCAAUACAAGGGUGUCGGCAUCAAUUUGAACGAUCCAUACGAAAAUUUUCGUAAGAGCAAGGGGCAGGCGUUUAUCACUCGAAUGAAAGCAAGAGCGGAAGAGCGUGCCGAAGAAAGGGGUGAACGGGACUGAAUAUAUAUGUGUGCAUAUAUAUAUAUGUGUGUAUAUAUAUAUAUAUAUGACAUUAAACAAAUAUGUAUAUGUACGAGGUGAUAUCAGGACAAAGUGAGAGAUAGGCUUAUUAUCGAGGAUGAGAGAGAAUUUACUCUUGCUCCGAAAACCGAUCGACACAAUUUUUCAGCGAUUUUUGCGACUUUUUGCCUAUGAGGGCUGAAUUUCAAUAUACUUGUCCAUAUAUUAGGUCCUAUUGGUGCACGUGCAACUACUAAUUUACUUUUACGCGUAUCUUUACGAGAUAUUGACAUUAAUAAUCGACAUAUUUUACGUUACAAUAUAUUCUAGCCGAAUAGGAGGAUUUUAUGAUUUAGUUACGAAUGAUAGCUAGAUGUUUUAGAUUAAUUUUAAGAAUUUUAAUUCACCAUAAAUCAAUGUGUGUGUGUGUGCGUGUGUGUGUGCGCGCGCGCGCGCACACGCACAUACACCCACGCACGCCAUACACGCGCGCGCGUGGCGUAUAUAUGUAUAUUUUCAUAAAAAUUGUGUCGAUCUUUUUCGUAGACUAAAUCAUUUCUAUCCGUCUAUCUGUCGGCUGUUACGAAAUAGUUUCAUAUAUCAACGCGGCAAAUGGUUUAUAAUUAUUCAUAAAUUUAUAUGGAAAUGAAAAAAAGCUGGCAAUACAUAUGCGUGCGUAUUGUCUUUUCUUUAUUUCGAAGUUUAAAGGAAUUUGUUAAUAUAUUAUUGUAUUAUCAUUGUACAUUUCUUUAAAAAGAAAUUCAAAUAAUUCAUUCAUUAGCCUAACUUUAGGCGUAAAAAGAAUUAGUAUUUAAAUGUGAACAUUUAAAUGAAAGAGAUCUCUGGAAAGUCACGUAGGAAAAGGUUUUUAUAGCAACAUGCUGAAUGUAUAUGUAAAAACCCCACUCUACAAUUUGCCCUGCCUAAAAGUUAAUUAUCUUGAGCAUUACUCGAGAAAAUUGCGCUCUUAAUGAGCGUGUAUGAGAGAGUACAACUGUCGUGCAGCAAGUACACGAGACAAUUCUGCAUGAAACUCGACGCUAAGUAUAUAUACUUGUAUUUAGUAAGUUAAUAAAUAUUAAUUAUAUUAAAUACACACAUAUAUAUACACAUAUAUAUAUGUGUGUGUGUAUAUGUAUGUAUAUGUGUGGUGUAUAUAUAUAUUUAUAUAUAUAUAUCCAUACAAACACACACACACACGCGCGCGAGAUUUCAAGAGUGAAUAUCGCAUAAUCGAUAACCUCCUUUAGUACUUUGCAUAAAACUUUUAUUUCACUCAUUAAUAAAUACUUAAAAAAAAUCAAAGAGAUUAAGUUUUACAUAAUCGUCUGAAUCGUUUCGCAUCGUUAAACUACGAAUUCUUCUAUCGUCAACUGGACAUCGUUGGAAAUUUAUGUGAUCAGUAAGCGAUCAUAAAUAUCGUAAACUAAUUAUAUUUUAAUCUUUAAUUUUUACUAAAUACAUAAUUACAAUUAAGUGUAUAAACUGUUCAUUUUUUUAUGAAAUUUAAAUAUAUUGCACAAAGCACGUGUAGUAUUUUUAAAUUAAUCUUCAUUAUAAAAGUUUUUUUUACUUUUAUUUAUAAUCUACACAUAAAAAUCGAUCCAACAAUUAUGAUAUUGCGUUUCUAUCUUCCUCUGUGAAUUUUAUUCAACAGGCACCGUGAUGCACCUGCGGGACAGUUCACUUGGUUUUCUUACUACCGCUGGAAUCGCCAUUUUGAGUAAUUUCAUGGCACGUGUCGUAAUUACCCAUCGUUCUCUCGUUUAUUGUAGAAUGGGAGAGGUACGACGUCUGGAUUUUCGUCUUCAAUUUUACUUAUUUACAAUGAGAAAUGGUGUUGGACACAUGACGACGAGUGAUCGAAACAACAAGCACGUGGGGAAGCCAUUGCAAAGCUGACGUAACGCGCAUGCGCGACGAUACAGCUUCCUUGUUGCCGCUUAAUCCGCCAUUCUGAAUCAGUUCGUGGCACGUGUCCCAACCAAGCUUCGUCCUCUCGUUAAUUGCAGGAUGGAAGAGGUACGAUGUUCGGAUUAUCAAUUUUACUUACGUACGAUAAGAAGUGAUAUUCGAUACAGGACGACGAGUGGGCGUAGAUUCUGUAAAUUUGUUCGUCAGCGUUAACAACACAGUGUGGCCCAUGUUCCUAGAAAGAAGCAAGAAUGAUUUGGCUAGAGUUCAACAGAGUAGACGUCUUCCGUUUAAGUUUAUACAUUCAUUCUUCGAUUAAGCAGUGUUCUUUCAGCGAAACUUCUUUUAGUAAUUUGCCGUCAGAGUAUAUUUUUUGUUCGAUUGUACAUUUUUUGGGAAGUGCGUUUUAUAUACAUGGAAUAGUUGAUAAUUCGGAAUUCAUUCAAAUUGAUUAACGUUGAUGUAACAUUAUUUCUUUAAUUUUACAUUAGUGGAUUUUACAUGGAUUCUUUCAACCUUCAUCGUCGUCAUGUGAUUAAUAAUCGACAUCAUCAGGAUAGGGAGGAGUUGUGCACGGUCGUCACCGCGCAGUUGAAUCUUUCUAGACGCAACCCACUUUUUAUCGAGCACUUGUUUAUGGUCGAGAUUUGUCUCGUACCAUUUUCUGUGCAUUUACGCUGGUUGCUCUGCCUUCGUCCAGCAUUAUAAAAUAACCGAGGACAUUCUACUCUCCUCCUUAUUUUUUAGACCUGCUUCAGAUGUCGUUAAUUGAUCUCACGUCGAGGACGAUCGAUGGGAAAAUCUAUGUACGCGAACGCGCUUAAUCUACAUUAUUUUAACGAGUCGUCGUCCGUCUUGGAAUAUCACUGCGAAAUAAAAAUUGUAGACUUUUCGUUGAUAGUACAUGAUAGAACGAAUACUGCUUAAAUCACGGAGUGGAUGUAUCAUUCGACGGGUCGUUUCCUGAUUGCUGUAAUGCGGUUGACAGUUCUUUAGCCAUCGAAAUGUUACAAGCACGUGGGGAAGCCAUUGCAAAGGUGACGUAAUGCGCAAGCGCAGCGGUCCACAGCCUCCUUGCUGCCUCAGAAUCCACCAUUUUGAAUAAUGAUUGGCACGUGUUAUGACCAAGCUUUUUUCUUGCAGGAUGGAAGAGGUACGAUGUUCGGAUUAUCAAUUUUACUUACGUACGAUAAGAAGUGAUAUUCGAUACAGGACGACGAGUGGGCGUAGAUUCUGUAAAUUUGUUCGUCAGCGUUAACAACACAGUGUGGCCCAUGUUCCUAGAAAGAAGCAAGAUUGAUUUGGCUAGAGUUCAACAAAGUAGACGUCUUCCGUUUAAGUUUAUACAUUCAUUCUUCGAUUAAGCAGUGUUCUUUCAGCGAAACUUCUUUUAGUAAUUUGCCGUCAGAGUAUAUUUUUUGUUCGAUUGUACAUUUUUUGGGAAGUGCGUUUUAUAUACGUGGAAUAGUUGAUAAUUCGGAAUUCAUUCAAAUUGAUUAACGUUGAUGUAACAUUAUUUCUUUAAUUUUACAUUAGUGAAUUUUAUAUGGAUUCUUUCAACCUUCAUCGUCGUCAUGUGAUUAAUAAUCGACAUCAUCAGGAUAGGGAGGAGUUGUGCACGGUCGUCACCGCGCAGUUGAAUCUUUCUAGACGCAACCCACUUUUUAUCGAGCACUUGUUUAUGGUCGAGAUUUGUCUCGUACCAUUUUCUGUGCAUUUACGCUGGUUGCUCUGCCUUCGUCCAGCAUUAUAAAAUAACCGAGGACAUUCUACUCUCCUCCUUAUUUUUUAGACCUGCUUCAGAUGUCGUUAAUUGAUCUCACGUCGAGGACGAUCGAUGGGAAAAUCUAUGUACGCGAACGCGCUUAAUCUACAUUAUUUUAACGAGUCGUCGUCCGUCUUGGAAUAUCACUGCGAAAUAAAAAUUGUAGACUUUUCGUUGAUAGUACAUGACAGAACGAAUACUGCUUAAAUCACGGAGUGGAUGUAUCAUUCGACGGAUCGUUUCCUGAUUGCUGUAAUGCGGUUGACAGUUCUUUAGCCCACGUGGGGAAGCCAUUGCAAAGGUGACGUAAUGCGCAAGCGCGGCGGUCCACAGCUCCCUUGCUGCCUUAGAAUCCACCAUUUUGAAUAAUUAUUGGCACGUGUUACGACCAAGCUUUUUUCUCACGUUGAUUGCAGAAUGGAAGAGGUAUGACGUCCAGAUUUUCGUCAUCAAUUUUACUUAUUUACAAUAAUAAAUGGUGUUCGACACACAACGACUGGAUGUAGACGUGAUUUCUUUCGUUAUUGUUGACAUUACAUCGUGGCUAGUUUUCUUAAAAAUAAGCAAGAUGAAUUUAGUUACAUUCGAACAGAAUUGACAUCUUGACAGUACGAACGCUACUUAAAUCGUGGAAGGAAGCGUUCCUUGAUCUAACAACCAGCUAAGGAAUCAUUAUUUUCGAUGAUAGAAAGAAAGAAGUAUGAAGUUCAAAAUUUUCGUCAUCAGUUUUACUUAUCUAUGAUAAGCAAUGGUAUUGGACACAGGACGACAACUGAUAAGCAAUAGUUGACAUAUAUUAUUAUUUAUUUUCACGUUACCCUUUACGAUAACGUUUAGCUAAUUCUACAUUUAUUUUUUCAGGGUAUAGGCAUUGCGAUUUCGUCCGUUAUUGUUAACAAUGCAUCGUGGCCCGUGUUCCUUGAAAUAAGCAUGGUGAAUUUAGUUACAGUCGAACAGAAUUGACAUCUGUUUACACAUUCAUUCUUCGAUUAAACAGUGUUCUAUUAACGAUACUUUUACAUCGGAGUAUAUUUUUCUUCCGAUUACAUUUUUCAUUUAAUAUACAUCGAGUAGCUGAUAAUUCAAAGUUUAUUCAAGUUGGAUAACGUUAUCGUAACUUCAUUUCUUUAAUCGAUGAAAAAAUCUAUGUAAGCGAACGCGUCUUAAAUAACACUAUUUCAACGAAUCAUAUGGUCUCUCUUGAAAUAUCGCUGCGAAAUAGAAACGAUAGGCUUUUCGUCGAUAGUAUACGACAGAACGAACACUGCUUAAAUCGAAAUAUAUGUGUUAAUUGGGUCGUGGAUUCCCGGAUAGCAGUUCCUAAGUAUCACGCUCGUUAGAGCAAGAUGGUUCUUUAUUCUCUUGUCUGAUGAGGAAUACUUAACAUUUUGAUAUUUUUAUUAUAACACUAUUUUUAUUAACUUUGUUAAUUUUUUUUUUUUCUUUUAGGAAGCCUAUGUUGUAAUUUCGUUCUACUGUUUGGAUACGGAUAAAAGAACAAUUCAACGCUCUAGUUGGAAAUGGUCUUUGUAAAAUUGCGACUCACGGAAAGCCUCCUUCCUCUAGGAUCUAUCAUGAAUAUGAAGAUGAGAGAGGAAAGGAAAGGAGCCAGGAAGAUGCGAUGGAAGCAAUAACGAAGGAUGGAAUCUUGAAGAAUCUUCCAUUGGGUUAAAAUCAGCACGAAAACAACGCUUCCUUCAUUUUACCGAACCGAAAGAAGACUCGCCUCUCCUUCGUGCGUAUUGCUUCUUUAAAUCUGCUUAAGCUCCAACGUUCUACGUAAUUCUCGGCGAUUUUGCGCACCCCUAAGCGUUUCUGCGUGACACCCUGAGCAUUUCUGCGACACCUGGAGCGUUUCUGCGACACCCUGAGCGUUUCUGCGACACCCUGAGCGUUUCUGCGACACCCUGAGCGUUUCUGCGACACCCCGAGCGUUUCUGCGACACCCCGAGCGUUUCUGCGACACCCCGAGCGUUUCUGCGACACCCCGAGCGUUUCUGCGACACCCCGAGCGUUUCUGCGACACCCCGAGCGUUUCUGGGACACUACCUUGAGCGUACCUUGGAUACCCUAAGCGAUCUUGCAUGAUACCCUGAGCGUUUCUGCGACACCCUCAGCGUACCUGCGCAAUCCCUAACGUCGUAUUCUGUUCAAUUCUCAGCGUUUUGCGUAACCACCAGCAUUUCAAACGAUUCCCCUGCUUUAGUCUUGCGCAUAAUUACGAUGUUUUACGAAAAAUUACAAGAUAGAAACAAAUUUGUUAGAAUCAUUGUUAUAAUAUUGUUGGAGUUUAUAGAGCGUUGAAAAAAUGAAACUUCAAUUGGAAGGUAGUACAUCAGUUGAUUUUUUCUUUCCGGAAUGUUAACAUAAAAUUGUUUUAUACUUCACAAGAUAUUACGUGCGGUGCAACGUUUAAGCGGUUGUAUUAUUGUUUAAAUCUUAUUUUAUAUCGACCAAUCGUAUAUUAUAGAUUCUUUAAAUAAUUGUAAAGUGAUAGAAAGCAUACAUAAACUUGGGUGCGUUAAGAAAACUAUUAUUUAAGUAUAAUUUUAUAUCGAACAAACUUAUAUUGUAAACCGUUUAAAUAAUUGUAUAGUGAUAAGAAGCGUAUAUAAACAAUGGUGCGUUGAGAAAAAUAUUUAAAUAUAAUUUUAACUCGAGUAAACGUAUAGUAUAGAAUGUUCAAAUAAUUAGUUAAACUAAUAGAAAGUAUACAUAAAUUCUGAUGCGUUGAGAGAAUUAUCGUUUAAUUAUAAUUUUAUACCGAACAAACGUAUAUUGUAAAAUUGUUUAAAUAAUUGUAAAGUGAUAGAAAGCAUACAUAAAUUUGAUGCGUUAAGAGAA